AUGCGGGGUGACGUGGGGCCUGUCGGGCUGCAGGGGUUGCCAGGUCUGGUUGGGUUUCCAGGGAGCGAGGGCCACGAGGGACCAGCGGGAGAAAAGGGUUCAAAGGGAUUUCCAGGAGCCAACGGACAAACAGGGGCCAAAGGACUGAGGGGAGCCCUGGGCUUGAGAGGAGAUCAGGGCGACUCGUUCUUUUUCUCUGAUGUGGUUCCGGAGAUAUGGGGCGCUCCAGGACGCCCAGGUCCCAGCGGAGAACAGGGGGAGCGUGGGCCCCCAGGGGCCCCUGGACAGAAGGGGAUCAAACUGUACGCCUCGGGCCCCCAGGAGUUGAAGGGAGAACCUGGCGACCCGGGCUCCAAAGGCUGCAGGGGCCCCGCUGGAUUCCAAGGAAAACCGGCUAUAAAAGGGGCCAAAGGAGAUCCAGGAGAGCCGGGCUCAGAGGGUAAAGAGGGAAAACCUGGAUUUCCUGGAGAACUAGGCCAACAGGGGGAGCCUGGUGUUCGCGGGGUACUGGGUCCAGCUGGGAUCCCUGGAGUUCAGGGGGAGAAGGGAGAGCGCGGAGCCCUGGGUCCACCAGGGGAGGGCCGGGUCACAUAUGUGAGGGGCCGACAGGGGCCCCCAGGCCGACAGGGCCCCCCUGGACUCCCAGGCGAAGCAGGUUUUCCAGGAUUCACAGGACGACCUGGAGAACCCGGCGUGGGCCUCCCUGGCCCCCCUGGCCCUCAGGGCCCCCCAGGAUCCUCUGGCCCCAAAGGAGAAACUGGAGACGCAGGUUCUACUGUGUUUGGGCCCCCAGGACGAGACGGGCCCCCGGGCCCCCAAGGGCCAGCGGGACUCACAGGAGACCCAGGGACUAACGAGGCGGUGCAGGGGCCCCCAGGGGCAAAAGGGCCCAAAGGCCUGAUGGGCCCCAGCGGCCUCAGAGGAGCAGACGGAGAACCAGGGGCCCCUGGAGAUCUGUGCUACAGCUGUCCCCCAGGGCCUGGAGCUGAGAAAGGAGAGAGGGGCCCCCAAGGGGAAACCGGCGAGCCAGGAAUUGAUGGGCCCCCAGGGGCCCCCGGACAGAAGGGGACAACAGGACAGCGCGGCCCCCCAGGGCCACAGGGACCGUUUGGAGCCCCUGGUACCCGCGGGGCCCCAGGUGUUCCGGGUGAACCAGGGCUGUUGAUCAGAGUGGGGACAAAAGGGUUAAAGGGGGACCCAGGGCUCCCAGGAGCCACAGGGACUGAUGGGAGGGAUGGGAACUCUGGAAACCAAGGAGUGAAAGGGCCCCCAGGGGCCAAGGGCCAGGCAGUCUAUGGUCCCAGUGGAGACCCAGGGCCACAGGGAGAGACCGGAUCCAGAGGGCCCCCAGGACAACGGGGCCCCCCAGGCCCCACUGGCAUCGGAGCCCCAGGAUUCACUGGCUCCAAAGGACAAGAGGGAGUGACAGGGCCUCCAGGAGAACCAGGCCAACCAGGGGAAAAGGGCGAGCCAGGCCAAUACCAUGUGUCUCCAGGAGAUCCAGGUCCUAAAGGAUCCCAGGGUCCAACCGGAGGACCGGGCUCUGAGGGUUUGGUUGGGUUACCAGGAAGACCAGGACCAUCAGGACCCAAGGGACUGAAGGGAGAUUCAGGCUUCACGAUCCAGGGCCCACCAGGGUUCCCCGGGGUCAAAGGACACAGAGGGGCCCCUGGAGAUCCGGGUCAGUCCAGUUUUGGGGUCAAAGGUCGUGCUGGCCCCUCGGGGCCCCCAGGACGCCCUGGGCCCAAGUCAGAGCACCAGCCCUUCACUGAUCCUCCUGCAGGAGGGGCCUCAGGUCGGACCGGACCACAAGGAGAGGAAGGAUCUGUGGGGCCCAGAGGAGACAGAGGAGCUCCUGGACCAAGUGGAGAACCAGGACUGAACGGAGACCAGGGAGAGAGAGGAGAGAGAGGUGACAUGGGGGCCCCCGGUCUCUCAGGGCCCUCAGGUUUCGCAGGGCAGUGUCUUCCUGGACCCUCUGGGCCAGAGGGACGACCAGGAGCACAGGGACCAGUGGGAUUCCCAGGUGUGAAGGGCCCAAAGGGCGCUCAGGGAGACCCAGGGCCCCCAGGCCUGGGAAACAUGGGGCCCCCAGGUCCUUACGGUUCCCCGGGUUAUGAUGGAGACCCAGGGCCGGUGGGAGAGGUGGGCAGUAAAGGCCGGCCAGGGGCCCCUGGAGCAGCAGCAUUGAGAGGGGCCAGAGGAGAUGAGGGGCCCCCAGGAGCUCCAGGGCCCUCAGGAUCAGAGGGCAGAGCAGGGGCCCCAGGACCACGGGGACUCACAGGUCUGGCCGGGCCCCCAGGGGCCACAGGAGCCCAGGGGCCCAGAGGGAGUCAGGGAGACUCAGGGGCCCCUGGCCCCAAAGGAGACAGUCACAUGAUCAGAGUUUAUGGAGAAGACGGUCCCCCCGGAUCCGCAGGACCUCCAGGGGCCCCUGGAGCCAGAGGGGAUGAUGGUGUGAUGGGACUCAGAGGAUCUCCUGGUGCAACAGGUUCAGCAGCUCCUGUGGGGGCCCCAGGGCCGGUGGGAGAGCAGGGGCCUCAUGGAGAACCUGGUCUACCUGGGAUGUGUGGGCCCCCAGGGGCCACAGGGCUGAUGGGGCCUCCAGGCUGUAAAGGAGACAAAGGUUCUCAGGGACCUUCUGGAGCUCGGGGCCCAACUGGAUCCUCAGGGGCUCCUGGGGUCAGGGGCCCGAAGGGAGAGGCCUCAGGCGGGAAAGGACCCAAGGGACGCAAAGGAGACAAGGGCAGGGCCGGUUCAGCUGGGGCCCCUGGAGGUCGAGGGGUUGUGGGGGACAGAGGGUCUUAUGGGGCCCCUGGAGUGUGUGGCCCCUGUGGAGAGCCGGGGGCCCCAGGACUCAGUGGAUUCAGAGGGGCCCCUGGGGGUCCUGGGCUCAGAGGUGCAGACGGACCCCUGGGAGCUGAUGGCCGUAAGGGUUUUAGUGGACUCACAGGAAGUAAAGGAGCCCCGGGAGAUCCUGGAGCUCCAGGUCCCAGAGGGAACCAAGGUCAAGAUGGGAUCCCAGGCCCCACGGGCGAGAAGGGGGUGAUGGGAGCUCCAGGUUUUGGGCCCAGAGGAGCCGAGGGCCCCAAAGGGCCUCCUGGUUGUGCUGGUCCCCCUGGUGGUCCAGGUCCCUGUGGGCCCCCAGGGGCCCCUGGUCCACAAGGAGACCCUGGAGCAGAAGGAAGUCAGGGGCCUCCUGGGGCCCCCGGGUGUAAAGGAGAUGCAGGCCCCUGCUAUGAGGGCCCAAAAGGAGACAGGGGCCCCACAGGACACAGAGGGCCCCCAGGAUCUACAGGCUGUAAGGGCUCCCAGGGACCCCCAGGGCCCGGCUUCAAAGGAGACAAAGGAGAUAAAGGUCGAACAGGACUGAAGGGCAGAGACGGGCCUCCUGGAACCCCAGGGGCCCCUGGCCCACCAGGGCCAGACGGACCUACAGGAGCCACAGGACCCAGAGGAGAGCUGGGCCUCACAGGGGCCUCAGGGCCAGAGGGGUUGAGGGGCGACCCUGGAACCCCAGGACCAGACUCUGCGGUAGGACCCCCAGGACCCCCAGGAGCCAGAGGUCUGAAGGGCCUCCCCCGCUCUGUAGUCCUUGUUGCAGGAGACCCAGGACCAGCUGGAGCUCCAGGUGAAACAGGAGCCAAAGGUCUGAAGGGAGAGCCCGGGCCUGCAGGAGCCCACGGGGUCAAAGGUCGUAAAGGCAGUGCCGGCUCCUCAUCUGCAGACGGAUAUCCAGGCCCCCAGGGGCCGAAGGGAGACCAGGGCCUGAAGGGGCUCAAGGGGGCCGAGGGGCUUCGUGGGGCCGUGGGAAAGAAGGGGCUCCGUGGAGAGCCGGGGACAGUGGCUCCGUCCACACACAGAGACGGCUUCUUGUUCACCAGACACAGCCAGAGACUAAAUGUCCCAGAAUGCCCUGCUUCCACUCAAAAGGUCUACUCCGGCUUCUCCCUGCUCUUUAUCAACGGGAACAACCGAGCACAUGGACAAGACCUGGGCUCUAUCGGGAGCUGCCUGCCACGCUUCAGCACGAUGCCCUUCCUCUUCUGUAACACCGAUAACAUCUGCCGCUACGCCUCCAGGAAUGACUACUCCUAUUGGCUGAGCACCGACCAAUCAGAGAGCAACAAUGAGAUGAUGUCAGAGUCACAGCUGCGGGAUCACAUCAGCAGGUGCAGUGUGUGUGAGUCCAGGACUAACCUGAUUGCGGUUCACUCUCAGACGGCUCUGGUCCCAGACUGUCCUGAGGACUGGGACUCUCUGUGGACCGGCUUCUCCUUCGUCAUGGAGACGGCGGUGGGGGCAGAGGGGUCUGGCCAGCCGCUGGUGUCUCCUGGGUCGUGUCUGGAGACCUUCAGGAAGAUCCCCUUCAUCGAGUGUCACGGCCGCGGAACCUGUAACUACUACACAGACUCCUACUCCUAUUGGCUGGCAGCACUAGACCCCGCCCACAUGUUCAGUAAACCUGUUCCUCAGAUCGACUCUGAGUUUCCAGAACGAAUCAUUAGCCGUUGCAGAGUGUGCUCCAGACGAGUAACGCCACAGUGA